AUGGACUGGCUUCGUCAAAUGUGGAACAGACCAUUCUAUAAGUAUUCAAGUGAUGAAAAUUACGAAUGGGAAAUUCAAAUUGCUCGAUUGGCUCUUUGGCCAAGUGGGCUCUGGCCGGAAACUGGAAAAAUGACUAGAAUCCGAUUUUUUUCUGCAUUGCUGAUUAUGGUUGGAUUUACGAUUGAUCUGGUACUCGGGAUGAAUGAAAUCGUAGCUCGCAUGUCUGCAAUCUCAUUUUUCACUCCCUACAUAGCGUCUCUGAUUUCACUUUAUUCGAAUGCAAAUACUUUUCUCUCGAUAUUGGAAGAAAUGCGUGGAAAUUGGAAGACAGUUUUUUUUGAAGAUGAGGAAAUCCUGCAUCAUUAUGCCAGACGUUCAAGAUUCUUUUCGUGGAUAGUAGUUAUAGGAAAGGGUUUCGUUGGACUUCAACUAUUCGAAAAGUUUAUUGCAAGGAAACCAGUGACGACACCGGAUGAUACCCAGGAUUUGCCCUUCUCUAGUAAAGCAUUCAUUUCGGCUUGCAUCUCCAUCAUCAGAGAGAUAACACUUCUAACAAUGCGGAUCACAGAGAUGGGCAUCAACUUAUGUUUCAUUUUGUUGACUACCCAUAUUUGUGGACAGCUGGUUAAACUAGGCAGCCGAAUACAAGCGCAUGAAGGAAAAAUCCGUCAUUCACUAGGAGAAGAUAUAUUGCAGAGAUGCAGUUGUUUGAAGUGCAUUGUUGAUUCUCACGUAGGAAUUUACGAAUUCGUUGCACGAAUUGACGGCUAUUUUCACAAGACUAUGUUCCUACAACUCAGUCAAUCUGUUAUUCAGUUCGCCAUUAAUGGAUUUCUCGUUUCAGAGACAUUCAUUGACAGGGACUAUGCGCAGCUCAUCAAGUAUUCGUUCUAUCUGUUGUUGAACUUUCCAACCGUUUUUCUGUACUGCUGGAUGGCAGAAAUGGUGCAACAAAAAAGUGAAGCUCUCGGUGAUAUUGCCUACUCUACUGAAUGGAUGACAAAAGACCCAAAAAUUGCGCGUCAUUUGAUGUUCAUUAUUCGCCACUCGAGAGUUCCGCUCAGCCUUACUGCGGGCAAAUAUUUUGUGCUGUCCCUGAGUCUUUUCAGAGAGUACGUUUUUACGUCGAUAUCAUAUCUAUCAGUGCUUGUCAAUAUCAAAUUACGUUAA